CGGACCCCGCUCGGGGCCGUGCCCGGGCCAUGAUCGCCGUGUCCAUCCCCGCGGCGGAGCCCUCGGCGGCGGCAGCGCGCGGCCCCGAGCGGGCGCACACGGUGUUCCGGGUGGAGGUGCUGUGCAAUGGCCGGCGGCACACGGUGACCAAGCGCUACAGCGAGUUCCAGGCGCUGCACAAGCGGAUCAAGAAGAGCUGCAAGGUGCCUGACUUCCCCCCACGCCAUGUCCCCAACUGGAUGCCCAAAGCGCUGGAGCAGCGCCGGCAGGCCCUGGAGCUUUACCUGCAGGGUGUGCUGUACCACAACGAGGAGCUGCCCCAGGACAUCCUGGACUUCCUGAAGCAGCACCAGACUCCUGCCCCCCCAGCGCCCCAUUGUCGGCUUCUGCUCGGAUCCCUACGUGCGGCCACACGGCCCCGAGCUGCUCCCCAACGCCGUCCUCAGCGGGGUCCUGCAGGGCCUCUACCUCCCCCUGAGCCGUGUCCCGGCCUGGCAGCACCCCCAGCCUCUGGAAUGAGGAGUUCCACGCAGCACCCAGGGAUGCAGUGGCGAGAGAAAGGAUCCUUGUGGUGAACCUCACUCCUUCCUGCUGGGAGAAGCUGAAGGGAUGUUGGGAACUGCUCUCCCACCACCAUGCAAAGGGCCUUUGUUGGCAGAGCAGGAGCUCUGCCUUCCCCCUGCUGUUGUGGGCUCGCAGUCUGAGCCUUUGGAUGCUGACUGGUGCUGGAAAACCUCUCUGCAUCCAGGCUUUGGUGCAAUAAAUCUGUUGGAUUUGACUG